GUUCCGUACAAAUCCACACCACCUUUGCUCUCUUCACUCCUAGGGUUAGCAUUUUUCUCAUUCUUUUCCUCCUUUUCUGAUCCUUCUAUUUUUUUUUAUCUUCAUUUUUUUCCCUUUGUGGUAGUUCUCGGACAUCGAGAAUACUGACGUGCAGUUUCUUUUCUUUGUCCUAUGUUUAAAAGUUUUCUUGUUUGGUUGCCGAGAAAAUGUGAGAAAAAAAAGUAGAGAAAUUAAGAGUUGGAAACUUCAUUGAGAUUGUCGUCACCCUUCAUUUUCCGAAAAUAAGGGGCAUGAAAUGAAAAUUCGUAAAUUUUGUUUUUUUUUAUCCGCAAUUUUCUCGAGAAAAAACGGAGGUUUGGGUUAAUCCGGUGCUAUGUUUGAGUCUGAUCUUUUAAAAUAUUUACCUGUAGUUGUUUUAGACAGUGAGAAAGAAUACCAUUGUUUUUCUUUGACGGUGUGUUUAGUUGCUGAGAAAAUGUGAGAAAAAGCACUGGAACUGACGUUUCGGGUCUUUGAUUCUAAUUUCUGACCAAAUGGAACUGUUUGACUGGGACGAGGCGAGUUUUUCAUUUUCCAAGCCGGAAGUUUAGAAUUUCUGUUUGUUCGUCUGUUUUUUAUUUUCUUGGCAGCCAAACAGGUCAGGUUAAGUUGUUCCGUGGAGUUUUGACUCAUGUGAUUCAUGUGGUUUCGUGAUUGAUUUGACAUGUGUUCUUUUGUUGCUUUUAGUUUGGUUUACGUGGUUAGACCUAGGCGGAUGUAACGAUGUUUAGGAUUAGUUAUUAAACGAUGAAUUCCUUUAAAUUUACUGAAAAAAUGGAUUCAAUAAGAAGGAAUCCUGUAAAAUUCAGCUUUUAUUGGCCUUUGUUGGCUGCUGUUGCAGUGUAUACACACACACAUAGGAUUACUGUUUGUUUGAUUUUUCUUUCCCUUUUUUUUUUUUUUUUGGUGAUUUUUUUAUCCUCUUCCUUUUCCCUUUCGUAGGUUUAUAUAUAUAUAUAUAUAUAUAGGAUUACUGUUUGUUUGAUUUUUCAUUUUGAGUUGUAUUACUUUUUGGUUGGUUUUUCUUUUUCCCUUUUGGAGGUUUGGGUAUAUAUAUAUAGUUUCUGCAAGUCUUUGUUGUUAUUCACAUAUCUUCUGCACGCUAAUAGUUGUGGAGAUUCUUGUCUAUUUGUUUUGAUGGAAUAUGUUUUUAAAGAAAACAUUUCUGAAGGAAAAUGAAAAAUUCAGGUCUAAAGAGAAAAACUAACUCAAGAGAAUAGGUUUUUCCCAAGUUUUACUGUAAAAUUAUUUGCGAAAUGAAUUGAGUCGUAGAGAAAAUUUUUGGAUCUAUUUUCUGCCAAAACAGGCAGAGGCCAGAAAAUUUGGAAAAUUUUAGCUUGACCUUCUAACAUGAGUUGAUUGUGAUCGAGUCCUAGUUUAUUUGUUCGUUUCUCUACUGAUGCUUAGAUUGGUAAGAAAGUGAUGCAUAAUUUUUUUACCUCUCUUUGCUGCCACUGUGGAAAUAGAUUUUAGGCGGUUGUUUGAUUUGGUGCUGUUCCACUAUGAGUUCUUUAUUCACAAAUUCAUCUGAGGUUGUUCCACUAUGAGUUGUUUAUUCACAAAUUCAUCUGAGGUUCGUCUGUUAAUUCAAUUGACCCUUGUUUUUAUCAUCUAAAAUGCUGCUAGGGAUGGCUCUGGAUGCCUACUUGGAGACCUACUUAGAUUCCAAUAGCCAAUUGGCAGCACCUCUGGUGGGACCUGAGUGGGUGGCUGGAGGCAUUCCAAGGUCCACCAUCUCUAACAGCUUCUUCCAAAAAGAUGAUGGCAACUUGUUACUUUCUGGAGGUCCCCAAUCGUGGAGAAGCGCUAGCACCAACAUGGAGUCCUACCUUAGCUUACCCUCAUCUCCUAUGUCAUUCUCAUCACAUAAUCUAAGCAUCUCAGGCUCUUCUGGUAUUGAUAGUUCCUCCACAAUGGAACAGACAUCUCCUCUAGACAAAAAUUGCAGACAAGUGUGGAAAAGGCAGCAGCAGCAGCAACAGCAACUAGGAGUUGUUAAUGCUACAUCUCAGCCACCAUCUCAAACACAUUACCUUUCACUUCUUACUGGCAUAAAACAGGAGCCUGAUAAUUCUACCCAGAUGCCUAAAAAACCCAGACUAGAAGUCCAGGAAGAAGAUUUUCUGCACCAGCAGAUAAUUCAACAACUGCUGCAGAGGAAGGACUCUUUGCAAUUGCAAGGUCAUAAUCCGCACCUACAAGCCUGGAUUCAGCAGCAUAAAAUGCGAAAUCAGCAGCAUCAAAAGAUUUUGCAGUCUAUUCAACAGUUGCAAGGCGUUGACAUGCAACAACAGCAGCAACAAAUGAGGAACCAGCUGCAACAGCAGGGUACACAUGAAGUAUCUGCCAUGCGCCCCUCUGAUUCUGGUAUAUGUUCUCGCCGACUAAUGCAGUACAUGUAUCAUCAGCGGCAUCGACCACCUGACAAUGCCAUUUCCUACUGGAGGAAAUUUGUAGCGGAGUAUUAUUCUCCUUGUGCCAAGAAAAGGUGGUGUUUAUCUUUGUAUGAUAAUGUUGGACAUCAUGCCAAAGGUGUUUUUCCUCAGUCAGCUAUGGAUACAUGGCAGUGUGACAUUUGUGGUUCUAGAUCAGGGAGGGGAUUUGAGGCAAUUUUUGAAGUGCUUCCUCAGCUUAUUAAAAUAAACUUUGAGAGUGGUGUUAUCGAUGAGCUUUUGUUCGUAGAUUUGCCUCAUGAAAGUAGAUUCUCUUCUGGAUUAAUGAUGUUAGAAUAUGGAAAAGCAGUUCAGGAGAGUGUCUAUGAGCAACUUCGCGUUGUUCGUGAGGGUCAACUUCGCAUUAUUUUCACUCAUGAUUUGAAGAUACUGUCUUGGGAGUUUUGCACAAGGCAUCAUGAAGAACUUUUGCCUCGUCAGUUGGUUGCACCUCAGGUUAAUCAGUUAGUUCAUGCUGCCCAGAAGUAUCAAACCACAAUGAAUGGAAGUAAAUCUGAUGGGUUUUGUGCACAAGAUUUGCUAGUAAAUUGCAAUAGGUUUCUGAGAGCUGGGCAUCAGCUUGCAAGAAAUUUGGAGUUGCAGUUGGUAGAUGAGUUGGGAUUUUCAAAAAGAUAUGUUCGAUGCUUGCAGAUAGCUGAGGUCGUUGAUAGUAUGAAAGACUUGAUGAUUUUUGUGAGGGAUAGCAACAUUGGGCCAAUCGAGAGCUUGAAAAAUUAUCCUCGGGAAGCAACCACAGUCAAGAUUAAGAAAAAACAACUGCAUCACGGGGAGCAGCCAGAGAGUGGUCAAGAUUCCCCGAGCAACAGGGCUUCUAAUUUGAGGGAUAUCUCCAGUGGGCUUAUGACAGGCUCAGAAGAGGGAGCACUUGCACUGACCACUCGGUACCAGAAAAUGAUGCGACAAAGCUCCUUGAACUCAAAUUCAAGCACAGUGAAACAGGAACCUUGUUUGUUCAACAGUUCUAUCCCAGGUGCAUCUUCUUUACCUGUUCAGCGCCCUAAAUCCUCAAGUCCUGGACUCAUCCAGAUCCCCCCACCAGUUAAUUCCUCCUCGAGUAUCCAUUCUUCUCAAGGCAGUCAAAAUACGCAGCAUUGCAUGAUCCAGAAGUUACUUCAGGAGAUGAUGAACAACAACAGAGCAAAAGGGUUACACAAUUCAAAUGGGGGUGAGGAAGAAGUCUUAUGCGGCAUUAAUACAAGUACAAUUGGUGGCUUACCUAAAAAGGCCAGGGGAACUAGUGUCGUUCGGAAUGAGCUAGGUUGUAGAGACAGCACUGCAGCUGUGGCCUCCCCAGCAAAUGUGUUGGGCAGUUUUGUCGGGAGGGACAAAAGCUUUAAAGCUGCGUCAAGCAGCAAGUCUUCUGGGACUAGUGAGAACAAUGGCCUCGUAAAGAGGGAACCAGAUUUGCCAGUGCCUGAAGCGGUCCAGGAUGUGGCCCACGGGCUCUAUGAGAAUGAUGUCUUCAAUGCUGACCAGGAGAGCAUGGAAUAUGGCUGGAAGGCAUAAGUAGUUCAUUUUGGAGGUUUUAGUUUUUUGGGUGGUCUACGAUAUUGGGCUGGUGGCUCAACACAGUUUGUACAGGACCUUCUUAAAGAAGUUUUGAUGGGGUCUCAGGGUGGUAUACUGCUCUAGUUGUAAUAGACUAAUAGUUGUUGGUAGGCUUGUAGAAGCAAAUGUAACAAUGUCAGGAAUAUAAAUGGUAUAUUGAUGAGCAAUACAACCUUUCAAGUUUCACUUGUAA